AUGGGCGUGCAGUGGACGCCGUCCUUCCGCCGCUUGUCCGACGGCGCCGAGGCGCGGCCGGCCACGCUGCAGCUCUGCUGCGGGCGCCGGUGCCUCGUGUUCCAGAUCGGGCGCGCCGGCGCCGGCCGCGUCCCUCUGGUGCUCCGGCGGUUCCUGGAGGACGGGCGCGUGGAUUUCGUCGGCUACAACGUCCUGUCGGACUGCAGCAAGCUGAGCGCCCACUACGGCCUGCGGGUGGCGUGCCCUCAGGAGCUGCGCAAGGUGACGGGCAUGGGGAACGCCUCCAUGGAGAGCAUGGCGGAGCAGGUCCUCGGGUGGCGCGGGGUGAAGAAGGCCGAGCGGGUGGGCGCCGGCAACUGGAACGUCAGCACGCUGUCGAAGAAGCAGGUGAGGUACGCGGCCGCCGACGCCUUCGUCGCGUAUUACCUCGGCGUCAAGUGUUUGAAGUAA